AUGUCGAAACUAGCACUAUGCAGAUACGGGUCUGAUUCCACCACUCUAAGAAUCAGACCUAGACUCGGGAACCAAAAAUGGAACCAAGGUCCAAGUACCCAAGGUGGAACCAACGAGUACCUGAGAACCCGAGAUGUUGAAGACAUUGAUGUCACUAAGCUAAUUCAGACGGAGUCAGCCUUUGGUGGCUCACCUCGACUCGCCGGGUUCGUUCUCGAUAUGUUCUGUGCGGACAUGAUUGAAGUUGCGAAUGAUUUUGGAGUUCCUAGCUACAUUUUCUACACCUCCAGUGCAGCUUUUCUUAGUAUGCAGUUACACUUGCAAGUUCUUUGUGAUGAGCAAAACCAGCCCAUCACUGAGUCGAAAGACUCGGUCACUGAGUUGAUUGUCCCGAGUCUCGUUAAGCCGUUUCCUGUUAGGAAUUUGCCUAUCGUGUUCACAGAGAAAGUGUGGACUACUGUUAUGUUUCAACAAGCGAGGUUUAGAGAAGCAAAGGGCAUUAUUGUAAAUACUUUCAAGGAGUUGGAAUCCUAUGUGGUCGAGUCUUUCUCUGAUGGUAAGUUGAACAACACCCCACCUGUGUAUACACCGGGACCCAUUUUGAAUUUAGAGGGUGAUGAGAUUGAUCGAGGAUCAGGUGGAUCUAUCUCAAUAACAGAGAUCAAGGAGUGGCUUGAUGAUCAACCGCCAUCAUCGAUUGUGUUUCUUUGCCCCGGGAGCAUGGGAAGCUUCAGUGAGGACCAGGUGAAAGAAAUCGCUUGUGCGCUUGAACAUUGCGGCCAUCUGACGGACGUGCUACCUGAAGGUUUCAUUGAUCGGACGACUAAGAUUGGAAAAGUAAUCGAAUGAGCAAUUUGGAUGUUCACAAGAAUUGAUUCAUUCAAAAAUUUGUAAUUUCAUUUUCCCUUUUUAUGAGAAUCAGCUAUAAUUGUGAGAAUAACAAAUGUUACAUGGAUUGC